AUGGGCCCCACCGCCGCUCGCCUCCUCCUCCUCCUCGUGGCCGCGUCCCUCCUCCCGGCCCCGGCCGCCUCCGCUGCGGACGCUCCGGCCACCGCCUCCGGCUCCUCCUACGCCGCCGCGCGGGACGCGGCCGCUCGGUGCGCGGCGACGAUCGUGUCCAUCUCGCCGUGCCUGCCGCACGUGGCGGCCGUGGCUCCGCCGCUGGCCGCGUCCCCACCCGCGCCCACCGACGCCUGCUGCGUCGCCUUCCUACGCGCCGUGUACCCGUCGGGAGGAGGCGGAGGGGACGGCUGCCUCUGCCACCUGCUUCGCAACCCGUUCCUCCUCGGCUUCCCCGUCGACGCCGCCCGCCUCGGCGCGCUCCUCCCCGCCUGCGCCGCGGGCAACUCCUUCGCCGCCGCCACCGUCGAGGCCGCCACCCUCUUCGCCGACGCCUGCCGAGAGCUCAAGGCGCUACCAGAAUUGCAUGUCGCGCCCCAGUCAACAGAAUGGCUAGAAAUUUCCCCAGCAGCUGCUACCCCUCAGUCAAUGUCCAAGCCGAUGGAGACGGUUCCACCAGCCAGGUCGUUGGUUCGGUCAGGCGCUGACUCCCGUCGUUCCCACUGCAUUCCAAUUGCUGCAUUGAUCCUCACAGCAGCAGCAGCAGGAGCUGUGGUCACGUAGUACUUGUGAUAUUUGCACGACACGUGAUACGCUUAGCUUGUCGACCUUGAUCUUGAACUGCGUUUUUUCCGUACGCUUUCUUUGUCGAUUCAGAUUAAUUUGUACAUCACAUGGAGAGUGUAGGGCGGCUGUCAUUGAAAUACCUUUCCCCACCGGGCAGGUUCUUUGUGUACGAUGUUUUACACAGUGCUACCAUCAUCUACGCAUGCACCAUUGAAAUUCUGAAGUGGUACCAAACUACUGUUAGAGUGGGUUUCUCUCGGAACUGAAUGUGAUCUCUCGGCCACGAUAUGGUUGUUUCUGCUCUGAACAAUUCGCUCGCUUCCACCACACGCUACAGCUUACUUCGGCCGUGGCCACCAGCAGAUGGAGCUUGAACAAUUAGGUAGACAAGAAGCGUUCAGAAAUUCAUUGAUUCUCAUGGUUGUUUACAGAAAUCACGUGCCUGGCU